AUGUACGGCGAAGAUAUAAUCAGCAGGAUGGGUCAAGUGAUGCAGGCCAACCAGAAGGGCGGCGUGAUCAUGAGCACGUUGGCGUUAGCCCUGCAAGGUGUGACCCGCAGCCAGGCGGGAAAUUACUCAUGUGUGGCGUCAAACGUCGAAGGAGACGGGGACAGCAACACGGUCGAUCUGAAAAUUAUGUAUAAACCAAUAUGCCGUUCAGAACAAAAACGAAUUUAUGGCGUGGCCAAAACAGAAAAGGUUAAAGUUCUUUGCGAAGUAGAGUCCUAUCCCCCUCCAGAUAACUUUAAAUGGCUCUUCAACAACUCAGCAGAAUCCUCGGAUGUCCCCGCAACGCGAUAUAAGACAGGUCUGCAUAGAUUCAUCUCGACGUUGACGUAUACUCCCAUGAACGAAAUGGACUACGGCACUGUAAUGUGUUGGGCGAACAAUUUGGCAGGAAAACAGCAGGAGCCAUGUAUAUUUCAUAUUAUUCCUGCUGGGAAACCUGAUCCGCCCUAUAAUUGCACUAUAGUUAAUAUGACAAAUGAGUCGCUAGAGGUGGAGUGCACUGAAGGGUUUGACGGUGGUCUUCCACAACAUUUUAUAUUAGAAGUUUAUGAUUCUGGGAACGGGCUGUCAUUAGCGAAUGUCUCAUCCAAAUUUCCUGUGUUCAUCGUGAGCGGCCUGGAUCCAGGAAAGUCUCUAAAAAUGAUUGUUUAUGCUGCAAAUAGUAAAGGAAAAAGUGAACAAAUACCAUUGGAAGGGUUUACGUUAAACAUAGCUGAAAAGCAAACUGUUCUGUCACUGGGUACAAAGGACAAUAUAGAGCUCGCACCCAUUCUAGGCAUCCUCGUCGGGAUCGUAACUGCCCUUCUUCUAGUAACAGUUGUUGUGUUGGGGGCUAUUAGGAUAAGAACAGCGCGAAGGGAGGGUUCCCGAGCUCUUCGUCCGUCCUUUUUCAAUGCAAAGGAGAAAGUCACUUUGCCUUUACGAUCUGAAUCGGAGGAUCUUUUUGAUAAAGAUGAUAAGAAUCCCGAUGUGAUACCUAGUAAUAAGGAUUCCGACUACCAGUUGGGUUCGGCCUUGCAAACUCCGGGUCUGAAUAAUUCAGGGAUUGCUCCCACCGAAUACGAGACGACAACCGGGAACGGAGCUACAGGAACGCCGGUGGGGGUAGUAAACGUGACCGCCGCCUCUCAACAACAACCGCUGGGACCGCUGCAGGAGGCCUACAUGGCUCGGGACAGGAGUUAUCCACCACAACACAUUGACAACGAAGUGACCUACGCCGAACUAUCCCACGUGAGACCCAACUCCCUGGAGCCCAUCAAAAACGGCGGAAAUCAGUACGGCACGUUACUGCACAGAGACGACCCCACAAUUUACGCUCAAAUCGACCACAACCGACGGCCGCCACCCCUCAAAACUUCCCCAAUGGUGUCCCCCGCGUCCGUAAUUUUCCCCCAUAAACCAGGCAUCUACCACAGGGAGGUAGUUACUGUAAGAACGCCGCUGAUGGGAUGCCAACAAGAAAGUUGUGUAUAAAGUAACUUAAGGAACUAAUAGGCGGGGUGAUGAGAGCGAAAUACGACUUACUAAAAUAUCAGAAGUAGUUUACCUAUCAAAUAUAGCUACAUGUUCAUGUUUUAAAUAUGCUUUAUUUUUUCCAAAAUUUCAGUAAUUUAGUUGUUGUAAUAGCAGGACUUCUUGGAAGAACUUAAGAAACUGUAAGGUUGAUUAUGAUCAUAGAUAAAAGAAAUAACAGCCAGCAAAACAUUGCCAGAAUCAUUGAUAUCGAAGUGGUAAAUAAAUUUGUAUCUCUGGGCACCUUGACAACCAAUUCCGGAGGAUGCCCCAAAGAAAUAAAAAUACGAUCAUCCAUGGCCAAGGGAGCAACGACAGAGCUCACCAAAGUAUGGAAAAUCCACAACAUCUCAUGGAUACUAAGAUAAGGCUUGUAAAGCCAAUGGUCUUCUCCAUUUUUUUAUAUGGAUCUGAAUGCUGGGUUUUGACAGAAGUUGACAUACCUACAAUUGUGCAAAUACCCUGGAUAACAAGAAGAAUUAACAAGUCUGUUCUUGUAACCUGUACAAAAAUCAUUAACAUUUUCGAAUCCUUAGUAUUAUCGCUCCACCCUGUAUGCUAAAUCGGUUUCAGGAAUUGUACCGUGUAUUGCAUGGGAUUAUGUCGUCUGUGAUUCUUUUUCGUUUUUCACAGUGUUAGAUUGAUCUUGUUUUUCUCAUGAAUAGAUAAAUUUUUAUUUCUCCACGUGUUCACGUUAUUUCAAACCGCCAAAGUGAUCUUUAGGUAUAAAUCAUUCACUAAUGUGAUUUUGGCACAUGUGAAACUGAAAAAUGUUUAUCUUAUGGGGAUAAGUGGUUCUAAGUAAAAGGUAUAAAAUUUAUUAAAACCCGUAAAGGGCUACAUCAGAACAAAACGUUUUCGAUUUU